AGUGGAUUUACAUACUCCUCUCUGAUGAAGAGGCUGAAACACCAUCAGCAGUCUCCAAGUACCACAUUGCUGUAUAGCAUCCGCAUAAUACUGCCAGAGUCUACAUAAUGUUUCCUUGCAGUAACCAUAAUACUUCCCACAUAAUAGCAAAUUGUACCACUAUACAGUGCUCAAGUAAUACUUCCAUACUCAACUUACAUAAUACUGCCAUUAAGUGCACAUAUUAUAUCAUCAUACAGUACCAAAAUAAUACUCACAUGCAUGAACCAGAUAUGCUACUAUAAUAAUACUGCCAUUCAGAACGCUUAUAAUACUGCCAGCAGUAUUUAAAUGAUACCAACAUGCAGUGGUCAAAUAACACUGCCAUACAUUGCCUACAUAAUAAUGCCAUGCAAUGCCCAAACCAUGCUGCCAUAUAGUGCCAGCAUAAUACUUCAUUAUGUUCUCUAGUAAUAAUAAUGCUACAAAGUAAUCAGAUAAUACUACCAUGCAGAAGCAGAUGAUACCACCAUACAGAGUUCAGGACGAGAUGGCGCAGGAGUUACCCUUUUAUUAGUGACAGAUCUUGUGUUUUGUCCCACAGACCCCACAGUCCGUCCUUCAGAUCCAGCCGUCAGUCCAGAUCAUCCUUCUCGUCCCCAAGCUCCUUGAUGUCUGUGGAUAAAAACGGCCAUGUGAUCGAUCUGAUCCAUGACAGUCUUCCCGACGUCCGGAUGUCAGAGGAGGAUAAGAAGAAGAACCUGCAGUUAUUGGAAGAGGCCAAAAAAGUCAGUGAGAAGUUCCUGACCCGGAGGGGGCGACGCUCGAGAUGCAGCCUCUCCGACUCCCCCACAGGUAUGUCUUCCCCAUCACUGAGCCCCAAAGUGUCUCCAGUGCCGUCCCGGAGCAACUCCUUCACCUUCCCCGCAGCUCCAGGAUCCGAUCCCGGCCCCAAUGUCUUCCCUGCAGCUGCCACAUCACUGCCGAACACAACAAAGGGAUUAACAGAUCGGAAACAGAACGACCAGAGGAAGAUCUCCCAGGGCAGGCUCACCCCACGACCUCACAGUCUUGCAGCCACUUCCAAGGGGACCCUGUAUGAACAGAAGGAAAACUUUGACCCCCUGAAACACAUGAGCGGCGCCUACAAAGCCCCUGGCCCUGACCUGUGUAAGCCUUCUCUCAUUAAGACCAGGAUUAGUUCUGAGCAGGAAUUCCAGAGAUCCAUCCUGAAGAAGCCGGGGGACCCAACACGAGGGGGCGCCUCCGAGGCUCCGGGUGUUUCUAGUGUGGCGUUCCAAGUCCCGGGGUCACAUCCGCUUCCUGUUGACUCCAACUUUGUUUCGCGGGUGGAGUGUCUGACGGCUGGGAACCGGCCCCCGCUCCUGAGGGCCCUGUCCUGGGACAGUGUGGAACCAGAGCAGAGAAAUAAUAAAUCCACUUUAGAGUCACCGGAAAAGGACUUUGUAUCCAAUAAUGAUAAAUGUAACAAUAAAUUGUCCAAAUUCACCGGACUAAAGGAUUUUCAUAUUCAACCCGUGCGACUUCAGAAGCUGAGCAAGCUGAGGGAGGAACAUAAACUGAUGAGAAGCCAGAACCUCACAGGACAGAAGCUCCCAGACCUCAGUGAGGCGGCAGAGCAGGAAAGAGGCCCUUCUCCGGUCCAGUGUUUUUCUGCUGAUGAUGAAGAUGAGGGGAAAGGGGAAGCGGAGUCUGAUGUGAUGCCCAAUAUCCCAGACAUCUUGCUGAGGAAACUUCGUGUUCACAAAGGCCUCCCGAGCAGUGCCCCCCCGCUGACGGAGAAGGAAGUUGAGAACGUCUUCAUCCAGCUUUCCCUGGCAUUUCGGAAUGACAGCUACACGCUAGAAUCCCGGCUAAACCAGGCAGAGAGGGGGCGCACCCUGACCGAGGACAAUAACGAGAAGGAAUUGGAGAACUUCAAAGCGGCUGUUAUGUCUUCAGCCUCUUUGUGGCAGAACAGUGAGCACCGCGAGUCUUAUCAGAAGUUAUUAGAGGACAUCUGUGUCCUCCAUCGUCUGAUCACCAGACUGUCCAGCCGGGCGGAGAUGGUGGGUGCUGUACGGCAGGAGAAGCGCAUGUCUCGGGCUACAGAGGUGAUGAUGCAGUACGUGGAAAACCUGAAGAGGACGUACGAGAAGGAUCACGCUGAACUGAUGGAGUACAAAAAACUCGCCAACCAGAACUCCAGCCGCAGUUACAGCGCUUCCGAGGACGGCGUCCCUCGCUCCUCACGCUCCAUGUCGCUGACCAUCGGGAAGAACAUGCCCCGCAGGAGAGUGAGUGUCGCAGUUGUUCCUAAAUUCAAUCUGCUGAACAUCCCAGGACAGUCCCCGAGCUCGUCCCCGAUGUCCACACUGUCCACGAUGGCAGAAUCCCCCAGCGGCGGCAGCAGGAGCAGUCUAACAGCCUCCCCGGGACUCUCUCCACUGAUAGAAAACGGGAAGCCGAGUGCGGACACGGAUGAGAUGCCGGGGUCCGGGCUGCCCCCGAACUGCGCAGAGGACAUCAGUGCCGAGAUGAAAGCCAAGAUCGAGGAGGAGGCGUAUAACAAGGGGUAUCAGGAAGGUCUGAAGAAGGUUCAGGAAUUUAAAGAAGAAGAAGAGGAGGAGAAGUUAAGCGAGAGUCCGGUGGAGUGUGAAGAAGAGGGGAAGGAGGAAUUCACCAAGAUGAAGGGCAGUAAAAUUGAAGAAUGCCUCGACUACCUGCACAUGUUGUACCCCAAGUUACUGAACCACUGGAGCGUCUUCUCCAUCAUGGCAGCUGUGAUCGUCCUCCUUGCUGUCUUGUUAAGUGUUUAUAAUUCCUUCUCUUCUUGCACUGAAAUGCCGGAAGGAGGCCACGGAAAAGCCACGUGCUCUGUACCCCAGAGGUAUUCCUGGUGGACCUCAGGGUCUCAGCACAAGCAGCGCAGGCAGUAGAAGACAAGCGUCCGCACUGCGCUGCCCUUACCUCGCUAUCAAGAUGGUGACGUGGAGACGCAGGCAACUGAGAUGGAACUGUAUGAGACUAGAGGUUACUGGGGUCCACAUUCGAGAGGUGCGAGGUGACCCCGUUCUUCAUCCCUAGGGCAUUGACAUUCUUAUGACUAUGAUGAUGGGAGUUGUGCUCCCUACCAGCUGUAUGCGCCUCUGUGGUGUACAGAUUACUGCAGUGUCCACAGUGACCCCAGGGUGUGAACAUUACUGCAAAUGUCCGUGGCGUUACAAUGUUCUUACGGCAUUUUCUGCCAUUUCACACCAUGACAUGAGGAAUAUAAUCUCACAGUCUGUGGCAUGUCAUUGAGGCCAUAACGCACAAAAAUUGUAAAGAGCAGUUCAUCCUGGAAGCUGAGACAGGAGAUGCUGUUUGCUGGGUCCUUAGUUUCGCUGCACGGACACUGGGCAGAUACAGGGAAGUUUUGCCAAUCCAAAGGCUUAGAAAUGGAAAUCAGCCUUAGGUCUGAGAACAGAAGUACCGGUACCGUCACAGUUGGCAGAGGGACAGCUUCAAGGGAUUGUCUCAAGACGUCUCAACAAAGUAGAGGAUAAAUGUCCACCAUUGAUCUUGAGAAUGAAGGUCCUCCUCGGUAUGAAUGGAGCAUCGGCCGAGCAUGCACGCUGCCACUCCAUUCACCUCUACGGGACUGCCUCCAGCAGUCCUGCUCCAGUGUUAUGGAGGGGCACGGACCCCCCAUUCUCAUGAUUGGUGGGGGCCCCGAGUGGUCAGAACCUCACCGAUCACACUUAUCCCUCUAUCCCGUUAGUAGUGCGUUCUAAUCUUGGGACAACCCCUUUAAGUAGCUCUAAGGACCCAACAAAUAGCGCCCCAUUUCUCUACUUCAAGGUGAUACCGCAGUCAGUCCUGAAUCUCUAAGGUUUGUAGCAGAGUUCCUCUUUAAGAACAAUAAAAACUGCUAGAGUGUC